CAUACCCACCGUUACAAUUACACGCCCCACUAAAAAAAAAAAACCCUCACCACCACCACUACCACCCCCCCACCGGAUGUUAUGUUAUGUGAUAGUUCUUGGUGUAUGUAGUUAAUUCUGUUGCCAAACAGUGUGUGUGUGCAUGUGCACGCUCGUGUGUGUGCGUAUGUGCAUGUGUGUGUGUAUGAGACAUGAAAGUCAGAGUGCAUCAUACACAGAUACACAAGAGAGUGUGUGUGCGUGUAAGAGAGAGAGAGAGAGAGAGAGAGAGAGAGAGAGAGAGAGAGGGAGAGCAAGAGGGAAGGGCGCACAUACAGAGAAAAAGACAUAGAAAAUGUGUAUGCGAGCGAGAGAGAGACUGGUGACUGCUAUGAGACUUUAGUUGCUGAGACCACAACGUCAAGUGGUAACAGUGUGAAACAGAAAGUUAGCGCUUGCAGUUUAUCACAUCUAAUGCUGGCCUUCCUUGUUAGUGUCGACUGGUAACAGUUUAGUAAAUCCUGGGCCGUUUUUCUGUGAGGUAUUGACUAGUAUUAGGUAGUUUAGUAGAACCGGUCUCCUAAGUAAUGACAGUUUUCUGGGUGGUACCAACUAGUUGCUGAUAGUUUAGCAAAUCCAGGGCCUUUUUUGCUCGGUGUUGAUAAGUAACAACUAAUUUACGAAGUCCUGGUCCUUUACUGUGUGAUGUAGACUAAUAACUGAAAGUUUUAGCAGAUUCUUUGUCAUUUUUGUGAGGUGUAUCAUUUAGCUGAGUAAAAGUAGGCCCCUAACAGGUAGUUGUCAUGUAGGGUCUGGGUCUUUCUGGAUGGUAUAAACAAGAGAUAAUAUAGAAGAUCUUGGGCUUUUUUUGAGAGGUGUCAGGGCUUGUAUUAAGUAGUUUGGUAGGUUCCUGCGUCCUUUGUGUUAGAUGGAACUGUGUGUGAUAGACAACCCUCCCCCUCUCGCUCUUACUGUUUGUGUGUCUGGUUGGGUGGUCGGCAUGGAGAUUUGCUUUUAUACUGCGAUUCCAACACGUUGGGAAUAUCCCUUCCUAGUGUGACUAUCACACCUUGCUUUGAGUCUACACUACGUCAACUUGGAGACAUGUAGUAGCUGGCGAUUGAAACAGAGGAUUACUACUACUACUACUACUACUACUACUACUAAUGGAUUACUACUAUUACUACUACUACUACUAAUGGAUUAUACCACAAUCACCAUCACCACUACCAACAACAUCAACAGUCUUUGCAACUAUUAUGACAAAAAUACUUUAACAGCAACAAUGAUGAUGGUAAAUCCAUCACAAUAACAACAACAACAACAGCCACAAACAGCAGCAAUAACACUGAUAUCACCACAACAACAGCAACAAGCUUGGCAUACCACUAUUACAACCUAAUCUCCUCCCUGUCACCAACACCACCACCUCCACAACAACAACAACAACAACAGCAAACACAACAACAACAACAACCACAACAACUGCAAUACCACUAACAGCACCAAUAAUAAUAAUAAUAAUAAUAAUAAUAUUACAACUACAACUAAAAUAGUACCACUGUUUGAACCUCAUCUACUCCCCACUUACCUCCAUCAUUACAGCUAACAACAACAACAACAACAACAAGUAUGUUUACUGAUUCUGGGACCAGAUCCAACUCUAAGAUGAAACAAAGUUCUGCCACGAUGAAUGUAAUUAACAUGGAAUCUCUCUCUGACUGGAAGUACAGCUACAUCUUCUGUUAUCAGGAUUCUGCUAGCAAGAUGCUCAUUCUGCAUGCUAUCGAGUCCAAGAAGCCACAACAUGUUGCAACAGUCCUCCACGAUGUUCUUCAUCUUGUUGGUUUCCCCAAUGUUGUUAGAAGUGAGAGCAGCCAUGUGUUUGUGACACGAGUUCUCCAGGAAAUGCGGAUUUUGUGGGGCGCCUGCAGUUCAGGCCUCAAUUCUACACAACAGGUCGACAUGUCGAAUUACUCCAGAGAAGAAGAAGAAGAAGAGGAGAAUAAAGCAGAAGAUGAAGAUAACUGCAGCAAUGAUAGCAUGAUAAAUAAUGUGUAUGUACUGGAAAGCCUUAAGAACUGGAUGAUACAGCAUAACAGCAGUAACUGGAGCCUGGGUGUGAAGCUGGUUCAAUUUCAAAAGAACUCUAUCAAUCAAAACGCUAACAUGGGCUUUGUGUCUUCAGAUGAACUGCUCACAGAACUCGCAAGUAUUUAUAUGCCAUUUGAGUGUCUGAAAAGUUUGAAAAGCAAUGAGGAAUUGAACCAAAUUCUACACAGAACCCUCACGACAGGGAUCGAAGAUUUACUAUCGCAAUUAGGUGUUUCCCCUAAAAGGACUGUCUGUUGCAGAUCAUCAGUAACAAAACCACAGGGAAAAUGUACAAACGGGCAUGUUGCUGAUAAAAAAUUUCAAUUUGAAAGAAGGGGUGUGUUGCACUCAGAUUUAGGGACCUCUGCCUGCUGUAACAGAAAACCCUGUGUUACAAAUGAAGUAUCUUCAGUAAAAGACACUCCUGAGUCAGGACCCAAUGGUUCUGUACUUUGUAGGUCCACAAAGCAGGACAGUGAUACCAGUUCAGUGACAGCCGCAGUGACAAAUGAUUCUCCUGCACAGGAUUUAUCACCCAAUUCCAUACAUUCUAAUCAUUCUGAUUUCCACACAACCGGAAUUAAAUCUCAAUUGGAUCAUUCUACAGCAAGUGGAGCACUUGAGAAGCCAAGUGCAGUAAUUGUAGAUGUUUCUUCUAAUUGCCCAGAUAGGCAUCUACAUCUUCAUCAUCACCAUCAUCAUCAUCAUCUUCAUCGAUAUUCUCGACCAUCUUCUCCUCAUUCCCAGCAGCGUGAUCGUUUCUUCGGAGCACUUAGCAAUGAUGGGGAAUACCAAUGUGACUUUUCUCGUUGCUCUGAUGAAUGUGUGCAGGAUCUCAGUUGCAAUUCGAGAUGUGUGCGGGACAUCAUUCGGUAUAUGGAGUUGCAGUUUUGCCAAUCCAGUAAAAACAAAAUAGCCUUGACUGCUGAUAAAAAGUUGCAAAAUCAAUCCUUGGAUGAUUCAGUGAAUUCUUCCCUUGAUGGAAACUGUGGUCCCAGUCAAACGCUUAGCCAAUCUAUAUCAGAAACACCAGUUCAAGUGACCAUCUCUCCUACUUUAAAUAUGAGUAACAGUCCUGCCUGUGUUGCUGACACGUGCGACAGGACUCCGGAUCAGGAUUGGGUUCCUUGUGGUCAAAUAGUCACUCAUUCCUGUUUGGACAUCAGUCAACCUUCAGUUGAUAACAAAAUCGAUAAUGAAACACCUGUUCAGACAGCAUUCCAUCUGCAGCAAAUAUCAGCUCCAACUGAUGUGUUGAAUGAAGAUAAAAAUAAUUGUGUAGAGAACUUUACAGAAGAUGCAUUGAACCGUGAAGAGACAGCAUCAAACUGUGCAGAGAAUACAUCGUCACAGACGUCGAGAAAUAAUUUUACAUCACCAUCGGUUAACAUGGGGGAACGGUGUUUUGUUUACAGCACCAAGAGGAGUUCUGGGAAGGCUUUUCUUUCUUUAAGUCGGAGUUCAAGUUUAACUGAGAUUAAUACACCUAUGACCUGCAUAUCAGUGCCCCCUUGUAGCAUUCCUGAAAUACAGAAUCCUGUUGAUUCAUCCACUGUCGAAAAUUCUGAUAAAUUCCAGGAUUCGCAGUGUUUACUUAAAGUUCAGGACAUUGUAAGGAAACUGGAAAUAUCCAAUGCGAAAUGUUCAGACUGUGAGGAUUUUAAAAAGAACCGGGAAAUUCCUGAAAGAGCUAGCAACAUCGGAAAUAUCAUAAAACAGCUGGAAUCAUUUGCAGGACCUCAUCCAAAGUGGAGAACUUUGAGAAUAAUUGGUCAAAGCUGUGAGGACUUGAAUAAUCUUGGUAGGGACUGCGAUGUGAGCAAUUGUGCUUUUGAUGGGCCCAUCGUGUUGGGGAAUACUUCGUUGUCAGACAAUGAAGAAACUAAGGAAGUGGAGUUACCAAAUGAUUUACUUGUGGAGAAGCUGGACACUGGUCUUGUCUUAAGUAUUGAUGACCAGUCCUCACCUGACCACAGGUGUUUAACACGGAUGGAUUCUAAUCAGUUGAUUGUUACCACAGAUAAUUAUGACACUGAUGAUGUUGGUAAUGGAGAUGAUGAUGAUGAUGAUGAUAAGCGUCAUGAUUAUUAUAAAGUUAAUGACAGCAAUGAUGUUGAUGAUGAUCCUGUCUGCAGUGAUGGUGCUCCUGAUAAAGUGAAAUAUGUGGAUGAGAAAAAGAAUAUCAAAGAACGUCAUUUUUCCAGCUGUUCCACUUUAAAGCUUUCUAAUUCAGAAAACUUUUCCGACUCAUUUUCCAAUAAUGACACUGGUGAUAAUGAUGCUGAUGCUGAUGAUGAUGAUGAUGACAAUGAUGACGAUGAUGAUGAUGAUGAUGAUGAUGCUUUUACUUAUACGGAGGAACUGAACCAACGCAUAAACAAAGUCAUAUACCGUCUCAAGUCAGAAUCCGAUGUACCAGAUUACUUGAGUGAUGAAGAUUUUGGUGAAUGUUGCGAAGACAGCAGUAUUAGUGCCAUGCCUGAGAACACAAUUGCUGAUGAGAUAUCAAUAUCACAGGAGGCAGGUUUCCAUGGAAACGGGUCGACUGACACAGACUAUGUGGACCCUGUAACCCCUACCAAUGCUGACCCACCUCAGUGUUUUCCAAACAAACUCCGCACUUCUCCUUCUUGCUACAAUCUCAACUCCUACAUCUCGACGAGUUACUCCUGUGACAGCAGCCAAGACGGUGCCUAUGUCAAACAUAACAUCUGCGAAAGUUUCAACGAGGUUUCAAACCUAGUCCCAUCUGACGGAGAUCACAUAUCUUUAAAUCACAUCCACAACCCUAACUCUGUCAAUUUGGGUUCCUCCUCUAACAGACUCAAACCCCCUACACAACAACAGUCCGGCCCAUGCACCACAGUCAUCCGCACCCCAUCUUGGUAUGUCCCUUCUUAUGAGAACCCAAAACAAAUCACAAAUUCAAAUGACAAUCACAGUGAGAUGCCCUUCCUCACAGACAUUGAGCAGAGAAUAAAAGAAGCCUUACAGGAACUCGAGGCUGUGGAUUUCUGCCGUCACCGGACAUUUGAUAGUCUCUGUCCCACAUCAGUAUUGUUCAAUGAGGGUGGUGGGGCAAAGCCGGAAUGCAUUUCAUUUUCUCAGUGCAAGCAAUGCGAAUGCGAUGGUGCAUCACAUUGUCAGAAGUGCAACUAUGCAUUGCCACACCAGUUGCAAGAACAUUGCUACUUGUACUGUCCCUUGUGCAGUUUCUUCAACAAACGCCUUGUUGCAACUCAGGAACAAUUUCAUUAUCAGGUUUAUGAGAAAAGGACCAUCCUCCGUGGUAAAUCUUUCUAUGCUAUCGAGACCAAACCUUAUUGUGAAUCUUGUUAUGUUAACACCCUUGAAAAAUGUUCAGUUUGUUCAAAACCUGUUAUUGAUCGGUUGUUGAGAGCUACGGGCAAACCCUACCAUCCUUCCUGUUUCACAUGUGUGGUCUGUGGUAAAAGUCUUGAUGGUGUGCCUUUUACAGUCGAUGCUACCAACCAAAUUCAUUGUAUUGAUGACUUCCAUAAAAAAUUUGCCCCUCGCUGUUGUGUGUGUCAACUGCCGAUUAUGCCCGACCCUGGCAAGGAGGAGACAGUGCGUGUGGUAGCUAUGGACAGAAGCUUCCAUGUGCACUGCUACUGCUGUGAGGAUUGUGGAAUGCUGUUAUCAUCAGAAGCUGAAGGACGAGGCUGCUACCCUCUCGAUGAUCACAUACUCUGUAAAAUCUGCAAUGCGAAGCGUAUUCAGGCACUCACCACCAAAAUGACUACAGAACUGUAAACGUCACCAAGGGGAAUGUUAUGACAUGUUCCUGGGUCAGAGACUCUGGCUUUUCUCUCUCUGACAGAUCCACAUGUUCCUGUUUUCACAGAUUCAUAUAAUACUCCUGUCUCAUAGAGCUACACACAUAUAUAAGUGUGUGUGAGUAUAUAUAUAUAUGUAUGUAGGCACACAUACACAUUCUCCUAUUUGACAGAUUCAUUCAUAUACUCCAAUCUAAUAUAUAUAUAUAUUUAUUAUUUAUUAUACUUAUACAAGAAGAAGGGUGGCUGACUUCAAAGUUUUGACUUGCGAUGCUUCAUUUGACUUUGGAAUUUCCGUUUACUAGCCUUUGGCUACCAGACCAAAACUUCAAAGUCACUGCCACUUCUCUUGUAAAAGGAUAAUAAAUAUGUACUCUUCCCAAAAGUAUUGAGUAAUUCUUCAGUAUGAUGUCUAAUUGUUUUUAUUAUAACUCAAUAUAAAAACAAACCUUAAUUUAUAUAUAUAUAUAUAUAUAUAUAUAAGUAUAUAUUUACUGCUAUACAGAUUGUUCAUCUCUCUUAUGCACACACUUCAUACUUUACUCUGAUGUCUCAGUAUCCAACCCCACCCCCUCCACACACACAUCGAAGCGUUUUUUUUCUUCUUGUUUUUCUAGAUUUUUUUUAUUUGUUACCCAAAUACUAAACCUGCUGAUGCCCACCAUAUAUCUGUGUAUGUGCGUGUUUAUCUAUUUUUCCUUCUACAUACCUUCAAGGCAGUGCUCCAGCAUGGCUGUAGUCAAGUGACUGAAACAAAUAAAAGUUAAAAGAUAUUUCUAACAAUUAAAUACCAAUCUCUGUGAAUAUCUACAUCUUUGUCUACCUGCCAAUCUCUCUUCCUGGCUGCCUGUCUGUUUGUCUAUCUGUCUACCUACCUAUUUUUCUAUCUGCCUCUCCAUCUAUUAAUCACUCUUCCUAGCUGCCUGCCUAUUUGUCUCUAUCAGUCUGUCUGUCUAUUUACUAAUAUAUCUGUGUGUCUAUUUAUUAGUCUAUCUGUCUGUGUAGCUAUUGUCUAUCUCUAUAUCUGUCUGUAUAUCUAUCUAUCUAUCUCUGUCUGUCUAUCUAUCUAUCUAUCUAUCUGUUUGUCUAUUUAUUUAUCUAUCUGUCUGUCUAUUUAUCUAUUUGUCUGUCUAUUUAUCUAUUUGUCUGUCUUUAUCUAUCUGUCUGCCUGUCUAUUUAUCUAUCUGUCUGUCAGUCAGUCAGUUUAUUAGUCUGUCUAUGUGUCUACCUAUUGAUCUGUCCAUUUAUGUCUUUUUCUCUCUGUUUGUCAAUCAUUCUGUGUGUCUGUUUGUCUCAAAAGCUUUCUGGUGAAUUCUUGGAACCAACUCAAAGAAUCUCUCUAGUUUAAUGCAUACACGCAGACACACAUUUUCUUUGUGUUCCAGAUGAAAGGCUGCGACCAUACUGGAGCACACAAAUUAUUGUCGUAUGUUUUCCAUAAUUUCUGUAAUGUCUGUUGGUUCUUAUCAAUCACCCAGAAUUUGUUUAGAGACAUCAACAGAGACAGAAGUAUUUUGGCAUUAUAUAAAACUGUGGUAAUUAAAUAGAUAAUCUGACAAAAUUCCUUGCAGUAUUUCGUUACAUACCUUUACAUUCUGAGUUCAAACCCCACCGAAGUCAACCUUGCCUUUCAUCUUUCUGGUGGGAGCAGUUGACAUUACCCUUCUCCCCAACCCCCAAAUUUGUGAUCUGGUGCCUGUUUUAGGCAUAAUGUUUAACUGAUCCUUGUUUUAGUAUAGUAGUGUUUAUUUAAAACAAUAACUACAAUAACCACCAUUGAAACAGGUGUAGAGAAGCUUUUGACAUCAUUAUGAAGGCAGUGAGCUGGAAGAAUUUUUAGAGCAUUGAAAAAACCCCCAAAAAAACAACAAAAAAUGCCUUGUGGUAUUCUGGCUCUUUUUUACAUUCUGAGGUUGAAGAAAUAAUGUACCAAUCAAUAAAUGUGAUCAAUAGUAUUGACUACUCCCCCUCCCCUCAAAAUUGCUGCCCUUGUAUUUAAAUUCGAAAUCAUUAUUAUUAUGGCAGCAAAUUGGAAGAACUGACACAGCAUUGGAAAAAAAUGACUUUCGGUAUUUUUCUCAGUUCUUUAUGCUCUGAGUUCAAAUUCCACUCAGGUCAACUUUACCUUUUAUCCUCUUAUAGUUGAUAUAAAAAAAAGGACCAGUCAAGUACUGGAGUUGAUUGUAUUGACUUAUCCCCCCCCCAUUAAAAUUGCUGGCCUUGUACCUAAAUUAGAUGUUGUUGUUGGGGGCAGUCCCUGUGGUGUGGAGGUGGUGAGUGCUUGGCAAAUCUGAAUUUUGAGAUUUGGGUUCAAUUCUUAAUUGGAACCGCUUCACUUCCAUCUGACAUCUGUAAUGUUCUUCGUUUUUUUGAAAAAAAAGAAAAAAGAAAAAGCAUGAAACUUAAUUUACAACAUCCUAUGAAUCUCUCUCACACACAUAUUGACAAUAACAGAAAUUAUUAUAAUUAUUAUUAUUUCUAUAAUUAUCAUAUAUUAAUAUAAUAAACCAUAUUAUUAAUUA